UAUUUUUUUAGGGGUAGAUAUUCCUGAUAACCACGCUAAACAUUUUAAAAGGAUUAUAAAAUUUAUAGAACCCUUUUCACUACGAAUACUAAUAUUUUAAAUAAGAAGAUAUUAACCUGGAGGUGAACACAUUCAUUAAGGAUACAUAAAUAGCUGCGUGCUUAAACCGCGCCAAGACUACGACACAAACCACGACAAAGACUUAUCUUAAAAUUAGUAUAUCCAGCCGUCAAAAUUCAUCGGGUAAUUUUAAAUAUCGAAUAAAGAAGGAUGCAAUCGCCCAUAUCCACCCUGAAUCCCAUCCUAGGUCCGUCCUCGUCUUCUUACGCUCAGAUAGUAGCAUUCUGUUCCCUUGCGAACUUUAUAAACUCGGCCGACCGGGUCGUUAUGCCCCUGGCUAUAGUGCCCAUGGCUAACCAAUACGGAUGGUCAAUGCAUCAAAAGGGCCUUAUUCUCAGCGCCUUUUCAUUUGGAUUCUUUACUUCCCAACUUGCUGGGGCCGGAGCCGCCCCACGUUACGGUGCUAAAAGGGUCUUGGGUAUUGCCGUGUUUAUCUGGUCACUCUCCACUUUUAUAACACCUCUCGUGGCCCACAGCCUCCCAUACCUGAUCGCUGCCCGAUUACUCAUGGGGUUCGGGGAAGGGUUUGGUCUGCCUGCCGUAUUUCACGUUUACUCUACCACGCUACUCCCGGGUGAGCGCUCUCGCGCCUUUGGGUACCUCGUGGCCCUUGGAUCGGUGGGUCAAUGCACCGCCACUCUCAUCUUACCCCAUGCACCUUGGUCCGCCGCUUUCUACCUGCUAGGGGUAGUGGGAUUUUUAUGGGUUCUGGCUUGGGUGGCAUAUUACCGUGAGAGACGCUCUGUUCCUGUUCCACCCGCCUUUUACUCGACUCCUUCGCAGUACUCUCCUUUAGAAGGGACCGAUCGUGCCAACGAUGCUAAUAAUUCCGUAUCAGUCCCGCUUUUCGCCGAAAACCGUGAACCCAAUUUUGACCCCGUCGAUAACAACGUCAGCAACGGUAAUAAUAAUACUCUACUCUCGCACUAUAAGCGCACCCUGCAUCGACUAUCACCACCUUGCGUUUCCUGGUGGCUACCAUACUUGGACAAGCCCGCCUUGUGGGCUAUUUAUGCCGCCCACUUUGCCAUGAACUGGUGCAGUCAAGUGGUCGCUCUUUGGCUUCCCACGUACCUGACGACGGCCCUGGGGGCCGAUCCCGACCACCUAUCUCUCACUGCUCUACCUUAUGCCUUCAAUUCUCUAGCGGGCGCCGCCGCCGGUCAUUGGGCGGAUUCCCUUUUAGCUCGCCGCGGCAAAUCCCUUCUAUACGUACGUCGUCUCGCUACCGCGAUAGGUCUCCUAAUACCCGCUGCCUGCUUAAUCAUUUUAGCCGCAGCCCGGGACCCCGUUGUUGCCAUUCUCCUUAUGAGCUUGGCUAUGGCAGGUUCCGCAUUUAACUCCUGCGGCCACCUGGCCAACCAUGCAGAUCUGGCUCCGCGACGUGCAGGGGCAACCUUUGCUGUUGCUAACACUUUGGCGGCAUUGCCUGGCAUGAUUUGUGGUCCGUUAACUGCCGAACUCGUUCACGCCGGUCGUGGUCGCUGGUUCCCCGUCUUUUGGAUAGCCGGACUCAUCAACGUAUUAGCAGCUGUCGUGUAUCUAGGUAAUAGCAAGGCUUCGCCAAUCUUAUAAAAUAGCUUAAAGCGUUUACAGUUUUAUGAAUGAUAAGCAAAGUUUACGAUGAUAUUGUACAUUAAAUUUUCCCCCUUUCACUGUUGGCCACAUUGGAGGAAUAGUUUCGUAAUCAAUUUACUGGUGAUGGGAGAUGGGCCACAAAAAAAUGAGUAUUUUAUAUAUAUAUAUAUAUAUUAUUUUUUUAAAUGUAUGAUGUACAUGUGUUGUAUAAUAUAUAUUUUACUAUAUAACACGCGAUCGCUUACACUUGUAAUAACGUAGUGAACAAACUAAGCGCAAAAAUUUAUAAUUUAUAUAAACCUUACCCUUUCCGUGUUUAAAUCAUUAACGUGACUCAAUUUCGUGACGCGGAUACCGCUAAGUCCUUUAAAUAAUCGAUUUAGCAUGAUCAAACCAAAUAAAAUAUUAUUUUUUUAAUUAUAAUUAUUAUAACAUUGUACAU